GAACAGAGAAUUUACAAAAUAUUUUGUAUCAACGCAGAGCAGAUUGAUCUUCACCCUUCUCUCGCACUGCAAACACAUGAACAUCCCAAUUUUCUGCAUCACCAUCACCAUCGUGAGACUGAUGGGGUUUACAGUGAAAGGAGCUCUAUUGAUUCGUAGUAGGGAGUGAUAUUUUUUCUUGAUCGGUAAUAGUAGUAGGGAGAGAUUGAUGAGGUUUGAGGUUAAAAUAGAAAAUUAGGUUUUUUAUGUGAUGCUCGAAUUCAAGAAGGAAACUGUGUUUGCCGUUAAGGGUGUUCGAAAAGAUUUUCUUUAUUCGACUUCAAAACUAAUUCAAUUCCCCAAUCUGGAUUCAUACACUGAAUUUUAUUCAAUUUUUCAGAAACUAAUUCCAGCGAUUCCUGAUGGAGAUGUGGCUAAAAGAGUUGUAUCGAAGGGAGUGGCAGUUCAAAAGAUCAGUAAACCCCUUGUAGAUAUUGGAAAUGUGAAGGUUGUUGUAAAAUCUAAACAAGAGAUCCUCCCUUGUCCAGAUGCGGAAGAGAUCAAAAAAGAAAAAUCCAAAUCUCAUUAUAAAUCUUCAAAGAAGAAGAAAGUUCUCACAAUGAGUUCCGUUCUUGAUGCUCGAAGCAAGGCUGCUCAUGGUGGUAGUACUGAUAAACCCAAGGAAUCAAUCAUUGAUAUUGAUGGAGCAGAUGCUGAGAAUCACUUGGCAGCUGUUGAGUAUGUUGAUGAACUGUAUAAAUUUUACAAGCUCACAGAGAGUUCAAGUCAAGUUCAUGACUAUAUGGACUUACAAGAUCAGAUUAAUGGGAAUAUGAGAAUGAUUUUUGUGGACUGGUUGAUUGAAGUUCAUAAAAAAUUUGAACUCACUCCUGAACCUUUAUAUCUGACAGUCAGAUUCAACUAGAAAAGUGAAAAUGAUACUCUGGCUUUGUAACGUUGCUGCAAUAGAA